UCUUGUGUGCUACAGACUGCAUUAGAUUGACUUGUCCUACAACAAAAUGGAAUUUAUUUUACGGAAGACCUGUUGUUUCAUCGUGUAUUGCAACCUUAGCGCUAUCUAGUAAGAUAACGAACGGAUUUGCUUGUCAAAUGAUUUAUUGGGCCAAUGUGGUCGUGCAUAUCCGAGAUAAGGUACUCUCGGCUUCCCAUUUGGUUGUGUGCAGUUGCUAGCCAGCUCGCUUGCGCUUCUGUGUUACUCCGAACCUAAGGUAUGGUGCAAAUACUGUCCUUACGCCGCUGGAGCGAAUUCAGGCAACGCCUAGCUACACGGGUUGCCUAAUCAUCAAAACGAGCAGCUACGAGCGAAAAGCAGUGUGAUGGCUUCGGAAAAUGAAUCUCAGGUGAUCUGAAUGACAUCUAGCCAUUUCGUUAGUUUCGAUAUCUACCUACUUUAAAGGCAAAUACUGAAUUCAGUUCACAGACGAGAACUGCUUGGCAUGCUUUAUGGCUACAAUCCAAAAUAGCCUUAAUUUCAAGACGAUUGUUUAAGGUUGUUUCUGUUUUUUUUUUGUUUGUUUUUUUUUAUCACCGGGAGGAAAAAUGGCUAUCAUUUGGGACUACCACGCCCCCAAUGCAUAAAUACAUAGUUAAAUCACGUUAUGUUGUGUAUUUGGUGCAAUUUGCGUCUAAGCUUUUUCGACAGCGCCAAACUGCAGGUUCUGUGCAAUUCGGUAAAUCAUGUUCGCUCGACACCACAGCAUUUCACAAAGCUUCCGGGGAAGUGAAAGACAUCUUUGCAAGUGCAAGGAACGGUGACUACCGGCUUCUGAAAAUCGUAAUUGAAGAUGAGCAGUUGGUGGUGGGCGACAGCCGAACGUCUGCAAAGCAGUGGGACCAGGAGUACGACUCCUGCGUCCUGUCCGUCCUGGACGACGACCAGCCGUCCUACAUCCUGUACCGGCUGGACUCCACCAAUAACCAGGGAUACGAGUGGCUCUUCCUGGCCUGGUCGCCUGACAAAUCCCCUGUGCGCCAGAAAAUGCUGUACGCAGCGACGAGAGCUACGCUGAAGAAGGAGUUUGGAGGAGGGCACAUAAAAGACGAGGUCUUCGGCACCACAAGGGACGACGUGUCGCUGAGCGGAUACAGGAAGCACCUGACCUCCCAGUCUGCCCCACUCCCACUGAGCGCUGCCGAGGAGGAGCUCAGAAAAAUCAAACUCAACGAGGUUCAGACUGACAUAGGCGUGGACACAAAGCUGCAGACACUCCAGGGCGUGGCCCUCCCCGUUCACCGAGAAGCCGUCCGAGCUCUGGAACAGUUCAGGAACAAGGAGCUCGAUUACGUUCAGCUUGAAAUCGAUUUUGCCAACGAGAUCAUAAAGCUGUCGAGCACUGUCGCCACGGAGAUUGCGGACUUGCCAAAGAGGAUCCCGAAGGACUCCGCCCGCUACCACUUCUUCCUCUACAAGCACUCCCACGAGGGAGACCAUCUCGAAUCUACAGUCUUCAUCUACUCCAUGCCCGGAUACUCCUGCAGCGUUCGGGAAAGGAUGCUGUACUCCAGCUGCAAAGGCCCCCUGGUGGACAUGGCUGAGAACAACCUCAAGAUGGAAAUCGAAAAAAAGAUUGAAAUCGACAACGGCGACGAGCUGACGGGCGAUUUCCUGUACGAGGAGGUCCACCCCAAACAGCACGCGCACAAGCAGAAGUUCGCCAAGCCGAGGGGGCCUGCCGGUAAGAGGGGGGGCCGCAGGAUGAUCCGCCCUCCCGGGGAGGACGACGAGGACGAGGACUAGGACUAGGCGCACCCCCCCGCUUUCCGCCCACGGUGGAACAUUCCGCUCGGCAAGCAAACCCGUCAAUGGAACGUUCCACUUGGCAAGGAAGCCCGUUUAGAAACGAGUCCUGCAAAGCUCCAACCAAACCCACAAAAAUUCACACCUAUGCACAUAAAAAGGAAAAAAAAAAAAACACACUUCAGACACCACACAAACUUCCGCCUGGAGCUUGCUGUACAGUACAUAUGCGGAUUUGGGCGCACGAGAGGGUUUUCACAGAGCGACUAAACUAACGAAUUGAUCCGAUGGCUUUCAAACAUUUCCACAUCGCUCGUCGCAAGAACGCGGGGUCGAAGGGAAGUCAACGGGACGUUCGGAACGUGUGCGGAAAUGGCGGGUUCAUUACACUGAGAAGCAACUAACCAGUUCUACGCCUCAAAGGGUGCCAUUACUUAUUUGACCAAAUUGAGUUUAAGAUUCUGUUCUUAAACUUUAUAUAGUCGUAGGCUAAUAUUAAAAAAAAAAAAAAAUGCUGUUUGCAGCGUUCAUUCUUUUACUACGGUUCUUUUUAUAAUCACGAAAUAACACUGGUUCGACACAGCUGGGGUUUACAGAACACUCCACUGCUGAAAAGUAAUUAUUUUUCUAUGCAUGUACUGUACCAGGGGUCUGUCGUCUGUUUUAAUGGAGUCUCGCCGCAGGGCGUAGUGCCUGUAUAUUCUUGAGUGAUUGUUUUUGUGGACCAUGUCUUCUUCCUGAAUCUCGAGCUGUCUGACACACUUCACAUAUGCAAUAAAAGGGUGCAGCCAC